AUGAGCAUAGAAGAAAUUUAUAAUAACGUGAAGGUUUGUAAAUUGGAAGAGAAGUUCUCUUUAAAGAAACUUUCGGAUACAGUCUUGGAAGGAAAUUAUCCAUUAGAACCAUUUAAAGAAGGAGCUAGAGGUACCUAUGGUGGCGAAUUUGUUUCACAGGGGCUAUUAGCUGCUUGGGAAACUGUUGAUGAUCCAGAUUUCAGUCCACACUCAUUCCACUCGUAUUUUUUGAAAGCUGGAAGCAUAGAAUCGGUCAUGAGAUGGGAAGUUACGAAGACUAUGGAAGGUAGAAACUACUGCAACAGAUUAGUGCAUUGUUACCAACAGCAUAAUAACCAACUUUGUUUCAUAUUAACUGCAUCUUUUACCAGAAAUAACUCAAUUCAGCAAAGAAAACUCGAUUAUGAGACCAACCCUGGUACCAAAAUUCCAUUUGAAUUCCAGAGAUCUCCUCAAUACUUUUUUGAGAAGUACUAUGAUAAAUUGGAUGACAUGCAAUAUUUUGAGCAUACAAAUGGUAACUUGCAGCAUAUAGUUCCCCCAGAGUACUUCACGGGAAUGCCUUCCGAUUUUCUUUCCCAAGAAACGGGAAUGAGAGAUAUAGGGUUUUUUGUCAGAGUCAACGAUGAUAUCAGCUUGGCUAAGGACGAGUUAAAGGCCAGAUUGAUCAGUAUGGCUUUCGCAUCUGAUAGUUUCUAUCUCUCUCUUUUGGUGUGCUCAUUAGGAAUACCUUUAAGCAUAGAAAUUUUCAACUUUUUCAGAGUAAGUUUAGAUCAUACAGUCUAUUUUCAUGAUACUGACUUUGAUCCAACAAAGUGGCUCUUUUUAGAUUACAGGUUCUCGAGAAUGAGUAACGACCGUGUCUUAUGCCAAUGUCAAGUUUUUAAUGAAAAAGGUACUAUGGUUGUUAGUAUUGUUCAGGAAGCAAUCGCCUUAAUACCGAAAAAGUACAUUGACAAAGCUGUAGGUGGCUCAUAUAAAUUGUGA